AUUGUCAGUUGACUCCUAAACGUCAGCUGGUGAGGUGCUAGGUGAAUGUGUGUGAGUGAGUGCGAAAUAGUGUAAUAAAGCUGGACAGAAAUGGCGACCCUCUGUCCAGGGAUUCAAUAUGGUUUGUCAUCACAAAAAAAUUUCUGUGAGACUAAAGAACUGAUUUUUGUGAAAUUAACGGAUUCCUCUUUGCGUGCAAUAGAAGAAUACGUGAGAAAUAGGAAUAAAUUUAAUCUUCAACAAACACCAACGAUACAGUUCCUAGGAAAUGAAGGGCUACUGGAGUUCCCGUCUGCCAAUUCCUCGACUUCUUUCUCCUUCUCCAUGUCCUCGACGCAGGAUAUGGAGGGUCCGGGAGGGAGUUUCGAGUGCAUCACACAGAACGGCCCCCCGCGCGGCCCCCUGGAGCUGCUCAAUUCCAUCCCCAACAAAAUACGCAUCCACGCCAACGACGACAUUUACGCAGCUACAAAACAACGGAUGACUGUGGCCGAGGAAACACACAAGAAUAAAUGCACGCGGGAAAUAAAGCCCAAUCAGACAGACAUAGGAAGGAAGGUGAAGGUGAAGCAGACGCAGAACAACGGUCGCAGUUCCAUUCCUCAGAUCCCUCCUCGCAUCAGCAACGGCAGCAUCGUCAACGAAAGACCAGCCCAGUCACAUCCCUCCAUGCGGGAGAGUCUAAUGAAGUCGUCUUCUUACCAGACCCCCAAUCCACCCGCCUCCAAGCCGCCCAAUUCGAACGGUAUGCCCUCCAGCAACGGUAUGCAGCAACAGCACCAUCUAUCGUCCAACGGCCUCGGCAGUAACCACGUGAGCAGUACCAAACCGCCGCAGAACAAACCGACUCAGCCGGAUAUACUGAAAAGGCCCCUUAAAGAACGACUGAUUCAUCUGCUCGCAUUGAGGCCGUACAAGAAAGUGGAACUGUUCGAACGUCUCACUAGAGAGGGACUUCGUGAGAGAGGCAGCAUGAGUUCUGUAUUGAAGCAAGUAUCUUUCAUGAAAGACAACGCAUAUCACUUGAACAGAGCAUGCUGGCACGACGUAAGAGAUAACUGGCCGUUCUACACCGAAUCCGAAAAGCAAAUCUUGAAGAGGCGCAAACCCCAGAACCUCACCCCACCAGGCAGCAGCGACAGCGCAAGUUCAGGCAGCGGACAGUCGCCCACCAGCACUCACCCGGGCUCGCCACCUUUACCCGUUCCCGUACCGGCAUCUACCAAACGGCCGGGCUAUUACGACGGCGCGGACGGUUUUCCCACGAAACGUCAACGCGUGUCCCAUUAUAAAAAACCCGCCGAACCAUCGGUAAACCCGCCGCCGGCCGAGAACAAGAGCCAACGCAGGCCCAUAACCGAUUCUAGGGAUUCCAGCAACAUGAACCCCCGUAGCAGGGAAUCGCCAUCUACCACCACCGCGACACCGUCAAUCGUCAAUCACGGACUGACCAACGGCCAUCACAUGACCAACGGCCACCACAUGACCAACGGUUACGCGAACGGCACGGCGCGCGAGAAACGCAGCGCACUGAGCGAAGACGAGGACGAAGAGGUCGCGUCCAACAGGAAACGUCACUGCGACAGCUACAACAGGGUCGGCUUCGACCCCGCGCGACACGACACGGUCGAACGUAGCCCGUACGAAAACGGUUUCGAGGAAAAGCGCGAGAUCGUGGACUACAGCGCGGUCGACGACGUCGCUAAAGAGGCGGCUUAUCAGAACGGAGAGGCGUUCGGGACCGAACGAUGGGCACCGGAAGCGAAGAGGGAGUCCGGCAAGUACGACAGGAAUGUGACGUCUUCGUCGGGAGCGGAAAGGGUCAGUCCGGACAGUCAGACUGAACCUUCACCGGCUCCGGAGACUCCCGCGGAAGAGGAUCAUGUUCCGAAAACGACACCCGACUAUCUUACAGAAUAUACAACAAUUACUAAUUAUGAUCAAAGAAAACGAUACAAAGACGAUUUCAAUGAAUAUUAUAACGAGUAUAAGGAACUCCAUGAAACUGUCGAUAGGGUGUCUAGGAGAUUUUUAGAAUUAGAAGAAAGGCUGAAACAGGAAAACGCAAAAAGCCCAAAGUACAGAGAUUUGAAGAAACAAAUUAUGAAGGAAUAUAAAGAAAUCAAAAAGAAUCCGGAUCAUCAAAAGGCUAAAGCGCGAUUCCAAUAUUUACACGAAAAGUUGUCCCAUAUUAAAAAUUUGGUAAAGGUGUAUGAUGAUUCGAUAACGAAUCAACAGCAGUAUACUAAUCACCGGUACUGACCCUGGAUGGAAUACUUAUUGGCUCUGCUAUCUACCACUCGCUACCAAGGACAUUCUCUCUAUCCCAUAACAUCACCACUUACCGUACAAUUAUCUUUAUGUUACUAUAAGUAUCAUAACUACCGAAAGAAAAGACAAAGAUUUUAAUGAAUCUUCAAAAGUGAUUGAAGUGCCCUGUCUCUGAUUUGUACAAUGGACCAAAGUGUUUUUUGUUAUAGAUGUAAUUUAUUUUUGAAAAUUGAUUUCUUUUUUUACCGUUGAGUUAUCACACGGCACCGUCUAGCAAGUAUCGAACUUUGGGUACUCACAAAAAAUGAUGGAAACUCUCUCCUCUCAGAACAGGAAGAAGUCACAGUUUGGAUUGAUGGUGAUUAAGUUCAUUGUUACUAUACAACUUGGCUUGUAACAUACCACAUCUGUAGACAAAAAAUUUCCUUAUAGUUUUUUGCUCAAAUCUAUAUCCGCAAAAGGAACACAACACAAUUUUCCAAAUAUUGCAGCGAUUCAGAUACAAGGAAUUACAUAUGGAAGUGUACAACAUAUCCGCGGUACUUGAAAAUCCAUUAUGAAUGGGUUCUUAGAUCAUUAAAGCAAUUGAAACAUAUGUUUUGCCAUAUCGUUAAGUAAUCGUUUUGUAUCAGUUGUUCCAAAUACAUAUCCUUUUCGAAGAAGGAAUCUCAAUAUCAAAAUGGUUUUUAGAAUUUCUUGAACCCGAAAGAUAAAAUGUUUGUUCUGUUACAGUUAUGAAAGCCAAUGAAAUGUUGAAUUGCAAAGAACAAAGGACUUAAAGACUGUAAAAAAGUUUCCAAUUUCUUAGCGUAAUAUUAUCACCUCUACAUUUCUUCCUGAAUAUCGUCUCUCCCUUUUAUCUAGAACACAUUCCAUUUUUUGUGACCUAAGUAUUCGAGCUUCCAAGUUCUUUAUAUGCGGUUAAAUGGAAAUUUAAUGGAAUGAUUGGCUGUAAAUAGAGUUUAUUUAAGAAAUGCAUUUAUUAUUUUCAAUAAUUAUGUUACAAUUAUAUUAUAUUUUUAUAAUUCCAAAUUUUAAUAAUUUCUAAAAACCCGAAAACCAAUAAAUAACUUCAGUUUUUUAUUGGCUUUGUAUUUUAUUCCAUUCUAGCUUGGGAUUGAAAAACCUACCCUAUGAUUUUAUAAUUUGAUUGUUAUAGCAUUAUGGAUUUACUAAAUGCAUUUAUUUUACUUGUAAAUUUGAGUGCAAGGGUAUCUAUUUAUUGAUUUGAAUUGAAGAAAUUCAACAUUUCAGAGGUAUAUUAAAUUUUGAUUUCAAUUGUUUCCAUUGUUAUAACUUCUGUUAUAUAUUUUAUACAUGUUUUCAGUAAGAAGUGUUAUUGCAAAUUUUGAAUCAGCCAUUUUAGACAGUUACCAAGUUACUCUUUAUAGUUUUUUCGAUAUCUGCUAUCCUGAAGUUUGAAUGUUGGUGUGCCAAAAAAAAUUGAAUCGUUAGCGAAUUUGGGUGCGAACAACUUCAGGGAAUUCACUUGGAGAAUUCGUAUCUUGAAUACUUGCCGAAUAUCUCAGCUGUUCCGGAGCUGAACAUAACAGUAUGGCAUACUUUCAAAGUUUGCUAUUCUUCAUGAUCUUGUUGUCUUAUUAUUCUUCCGUGAUUUGCAUUCGCUCGUUCUCUAUUGCCAAGUUUUUUCGAAUGCAGACCAUGAAUUGCGAUGCCAAUAAGAAAGUUAUUUAUUUGUAUAAAUUUGUCUAGUUCAAUUUUUGUAAUUUAGAUUGUAGUUUACUUUCUGAAUUUUUGCUGUUAACAUUCUUGGAGUCAAACUUGAAUCAACUAAAUACACCAAACGGAGGAAGAACCAUACUAAAAUAUUUUUGGUAUUUGAGUACACUAUUAUCUCUCCUAACUUGGGUUGAAAAAUUGUAUAUAAAAUAUUUAUUUGCCUCUGCAGAUAUUUGCCUGCAUUUUUAAUCGAAAAUCAACGUAAUUUCAAUUUUUUUUUUGUUAUACAUAAUUAUAGAUGUGGAAUUUGCUCCAUAGGCUCUCAUGUUACAUGAAUACAUAUAUAAUUAUGUGUAAUAAAUAUCGUUUAUUACACGUCCAGUAGUUGAUAAUAAUAUUUUGCGUAGUUUCGAGUUGAACAUUUCAAAUAAAAACUCUUGAAAGAUUCACUUUAUAGACUGAUUCACUAA